AGAGAGAGAGAGGGAUGCUAUGGACCCCUUCACCUCCUUCUCAGAGGAGCUCAUCCAUGGAGACAACAUGCUCUACUGGGCCUUUUCGCCGGCACCGGCCUUUGACCUUGUCGCCACCAUCCCUGAACCAGCUAUCGUCGACCCGCCGGUUGUUCACCGGAGCGCCUUCAGGCCGUAUGCUAGACCGGACAAUGGCCAAAUUAAGGAGGCGGUGAGCUCGGGUAAUGGCGAUCAUCGGAAAAGCAUUCACCAGAGAAUGAUUGAGAUGGUACGAAGAAUUCCCAAGGCCAAAGAGGAGUGCAAAGGACUAGAGAUGAGCCGAGGGUUUAAGCACAUGAUGAGGGAAAGGCAGAGGAGGGAGAAGCUUAGUCAGAGAUAUGCUGACUUGUACUCCAUGCUUUCUUCCAGAUCCAAGGGUGAUAAGAACUCCAUUGUGCAAUCAGCUGCUGCAUAUGUGAGGGAGCUGAAGGAAGUGAAGGAGCAGAUGCAGAGACGAAAUGAGGAACUUAUGACAAUGAUUUCAGGGAGCAAUGGAAGGACAGAGGAGGCAAAGAUUAAAUUUCGGGUGGCGAAUCCCUCGUCUGCCAUCGACUCCAUGAUCGGAGCUCUUCGAUGCUUGAAGACAAUCGAUGUCGAGGCCAGAGCCAUCCGGUCUGAUCUAUCUGGCCAUGAGUUGUCUGCCAUCAUGAGCAUUGAAACAAAGGUGGCGGCUGGUGAGGUUGAGAGAGCAGUUGAGGUUGCUUUGAUGGACGUAGAGAGGAAGCUUCCUCGCCCCCUUCCUCGAACCCACGGGUGGUCCCAACUCUGCCAUGUGGAAAACGUGCCGUAAUCCAGAUUCCAACUCUUAUGUCAUUUAUAGGGCGAGACGAGAUGGUCACGUGACCGUGUGCAUUUUUUCCUGGUAGGAGCCCGCGGCGCAACUUCGGUUGGACUCCUGGGUUUUGUCUCGUCAUGGCAUGCGUGAGAAAGGUUACUGGAGUUUUUUUUUAGGUUUUCUUAUAUACCCUUGUACAU